AUGGAUGCAGAUGAAUUUCGAGUGGCCGCCAAGCAGUUGACCGAUUACAUCGCCGACUACAUCGAAGGACUGCGAGAUCGGCCGGUGCUGCCUGACGUCCAGCCCGGGUACAUUAACGCACUGGUGCCGGCCAGCGCCCCAGAGACGGGCGAACCUUGGGAGAAGCUUUUUAAUGACAUAGAAGGUGUCGUUAUGCGAGGGAUGACCCACUGGCAUUCUCCCCGCUUUCACGCCUACUUCCCCACGGCCAACUCCUAUCCGGCCAUCUGCGGUGACAUGCUCUCUGCGGCCAUUGCCUGCAUUGGCUUCACCUGGAACGCCGCCCCCUCCUGCACUGAGCUGGAGAUGAAGAUGAUGGACUGGCUGGCGCAGAUGCUCGCCCUCCCGGAGCACUUCUGCUUUUCCAGCGGCCAGGGAGGCGGGGUCAUUCAGGGGACAGCCAGCGAGUCGACGCUGAUUGCGCUGCUCUGCGCUCGGGUGCAACUGCUCAAGGAGCGAGGGCUGCAGCAUAAGGUCACCGACGCCGACGAUGAGGGCAAUGAGGCAAAGUACGAGGUGAUGAGUCGUCUGGUCGCUUACACCUCUUCACAGGCGCAUUCCAGCGUGCAGAAGGCGGCCAUGCUGAGCGCCACUCGCAUUCGACUGCUGCCUGUGGACGAGGCAAAUGGCCUGUCGUUGGAUGCAGACGUCCUGGCGAAGACUAUUGAGCAGGACCGCCGCAAAGGCCUCAUUCCUUUUAUCGUCAUCGCCACGCUGGGCACUACAAACACAUGUGCUUUUGACAACCUGCAGACGAUUGGACCAGUGUGUAAGGAUAAAGCAGUUUUUAGCAAACAGGAGAACAUUUGGCUGCAUGUGGACGCUGCCUACGCAGGUUCGGCAUUCAUCUGUCCCGAGUACCGACAGUACAUGGAGGGCAUUGAGUACGCAGACAGCUUCACCAUGAAUCCGCACAAGUGGUUGCUGGUGAAUUUUGACGUGAAUGCUUUCUGGGUUAAAAAUAAGGAGCUAAUUGAGAAGGCAUUUAAUGUGCACCCGGAAUACUUGAAGCAUGAAAAUGAAGGCAAGAUUCCUGAUUAUCGGCACUGGCAAAUUCCACUUGGGCGACGAUUUCGUUCACUGAAAAUGUGGUUUGUUUUUCGAAGUUACGGCGUCAGUGGACUGCAAAAUCACAUACGCAAACAAAUUGAGUUGGCGCAUCUUUUUGGUGACCUACUUCAGAAGGACGAUCGAUUUGAGAUGGUGGACCAGAUUCGCAUGGGUUUAGUGUGCUUCCGCCUAAAAGGAAACAAUGCAAUGAAUGAAGAACUUAUCAAUUCUAUCAACAAAAGUGGAGACAUUUUCCUCACGCCGACUAAAGUUAAAGAGCGUUUCAUCAUACGAUUUGCCGUUUGUGCGCGUACCACAAAUGAGAAGGAUAUUCACUAUUCAUGGAACGUCAUCAAAAAGUUUGCCGAUUCAGUGUUGGCUAAAUGGAACUCAUAA